CUGCAUCGCUUGACGGUGGCCAGUUAUAGGUGGAUUGUUGUAGACGGACGAUUGGCACGUACAGCUAGGUGAAUAUGGUAAUGCGAAGAUCUACUACGGGCGGCGAUCCCACCGCAACGCUCAACCGGAAGAUCGUCACCCUUCGGCAGGGGAUGGUCAACGGAGUGCGGGAUCGGCUUCCGAACGGUUCGGAUUAUUACUACUUCAAAGGGAUUCCGUACGCGCGGCCUCCCGUCGGAGAUCUGCGUUUUGAACCGCCUGUUCCGCUGGAUAAGUUUCCGGCGACGGUGCUGGAUUGCUCACAGGAGCGAAGCAACUAUGUAGGGAUGAAUCUGCUGACGAGGAAGAUCAGCGGAAGGGAGGACGGACUGUACUUGAACGUGUAUACUCCGGCGUUGCCGGUGCGUGGACAGGUGGAACCGAAGCUUCCGGUGAUGGUGUUUAUCCACGGAGGUGGCUUGAUCGGCGGAAGCGGAGAUAGCUUGCUGUACAAUCCGAACUACAUGGUGCAAGAAGGUGUGGUGUUCGUUACCAUGAAUUAUCGGGUGGGAGUGCUGGGGUUGUUGUGUCUACCGGAGGCUGGCAUUCAUGGGAAUGGCGACUUGAAGGAUCAGCUCAUGGCCCUUCGGUGGGUCAACGAGAACAUCAGCAAGUUCGGUGGCGAUCCCUCCAACGUAACUUUGUUCGGUUCCAGUUCAGGGGGAAGCUGCGUUGGGCUGCACUGUAUGUCGGACACCUCCAAAAAGUACUUCCACAAGGCCAUUAUGCAGUGUGGUCACCACAUGUGUGAUUUCACUUAUGGAACUGAGAUGGUACAGAAGGCUAGAGACCUGGCAAAGCUCUUCGGGUACACGGGAAGUUGCGACAAGGAGGCGUUACAAGUGUUGAAGAAUGUGUCGGCCGAGCAGUUGGUUCAGAGACAGUUCGAAGUGUUCACGCCAAGGGAACGUAAACUGGAAGAAGCCUAUGGCAUCCCAUUUGCGCAUGUCAUUGAACGACGUGGUACUAAGGAUGCUGUUCUCACGAAGAACCCAAUGGAGCUUAUUAGGACUCCUGGAAGCUUCAAUAUGCCGAUUAUAAUCGGAACAAACGACGCGGAAGGUUCCUUCGAGUUGAAGAACGCAAUCCAACACCUGGAAGACUAUGAUAAAGAAGUUGAACGUCUUGUGCCAAGGAGUUUCAAUGUGGAUUUCUUCAGUCCAGCGGCCAAGCAGGUCGGCGAAGAAAUCAAACAGCUCUUUUUCGACGGUAAGCCGAUAGCGGAAACUAACAUCCAAGAUCUCUCUCGAUAUAUUUCCGAGAAAAACUCAAUAACAUCCUACGUCUUGGCGUACUUUGGCAGCUUCGUCCAGAAGAAUCCAAAUAUCUAUCAGUUCUUCUUUACGUUUGACGGUGCUCUGAACAACGGGAAGACCAUCGCGAAACUUCCCCCUCUCAAAGGGGCCGGCCACAUGGACGAGCUGUUCUACGUGUUCACAUCCGCAACUCUUGCGGAAGUCCCGGAAUCGGACAAAGCCUACCAGGUUCGCCAAACGAUGGUUCGCUUGUGGACUAAUUUUGCCAAGUACUCGGAUCCUACUCCGGCAUCGAAGUCCACGUUUCCUUUCCGCUGGGAACCGGUAGCACUGUUGAACCCCGGCGAAGAGAAAUCGUUCGAUAUGAGAUAUCUCAAGAUAGAUCACACCCCUCAAAUGUCAACCUAUGACUCGGAACGCCUGUCUCUGUGGCUGCGACUGCACGAGAAAUAUAAUGGUCACAUAACGAAUCUGCCGUACCCAAUCGACGACAUGAAUUUGCCGGAGGCCACUCUGAAGUAAACGAAAUACAAAUUGCAAACCCACUUCAAAACCUUGCUGGGGACUGCGCGGCGGGAAAGCUCAAAAAGCAAUUAUCAAACUGAUGAUUAAUUCACACCUUCUCGAUUGACCUAUGUUUAUUGAAUUCAUCAUUUCGUCGCGUUCGGAGUGGAUGCUUUACGAUUUGUUGACAGUGUUUUCUCUAUGGAUAGCAUUCAAUCCAUUAUGCAUGAGACUUUUCGCUUUCGUUGAAGAACCACUUGUUCUGUCCUUGGAUUUCGAAAUAAAACAAGCCGGACUGGAAAGAAAA